GGCUCGGGGCUGCAUGGACGUGAUGUCCCCGCAACAGGAGCACCUCGGCCCGGGCCGCUCGUCCUCGGUGAGCGGCGAGGGCAGGGGCUUCGCCGCCGCCACCGACAGCAAGAAGAAAAUGAAGAGUUUGGCCCAGAGACGCCAGUCUGCACCAUCUUUGAUCUUUGUCAAAGCACUUAGCAGAUCUCGAUCAGCCUCAAGGGAAGGCUGCUUGUCCCCCGUCAGCCCAGAGGCAUGGCCUCUUGUGCAGUCUUUCAUAGGCGACAACCGAACGUUCAUCCUGGAUGGCCAUGUGCAGCUGAAGACAAGUCUGCAGACCCAGGAGCGACACCUUUUUCUCUUCACAGACAUUCUGGUUGUUGCCAAGUCCAAGUCACACUCUCAUUUCAAACUAAAGUGCCAAGCCCGUCUCUGUGAGAUGUGGACAGCAUUUUGUACAGAAGAAGUCUGUGAAGGCAGCACAGACCCAGAGAGAUCCUUUGUUUUGGGCUGGCCCACCACAAACUGUGUGGCAAAUUUCAGGUCUGCAGAACAAAAGGAAACAUGGCUCUCUUAUUUGCAGAGACAAAUAAGAGAAGAGAAGGAAAAAGACAAUCCUAAAAGGAUUCCUGUGACGAUAAUUGCAAAAGACGUGGGAACUUGUGCAUAUUCAAAAACCAUAAGUGUAACCAAUGUUGAUACAGCAAACGAUGUAAUUCUGAUGGCCCUGCAGCAACUGGGAAUUAAUGGCUCUGAAAAAGAUUACAAGCUGUGGGUGAUUUCAGGAAGAGAACAUGCUCCUUACCCUCUUAUUGGACAUGAAUAUCCCUUUGGAAUUAAAAUGAGCCACAUUCGCGACGCUAUGCCCCAUGGAUCAAAGCACUGUGCCUGCCCCAAGCAGCUUCAGGAGUCUUUCCUGACGGAGCAGCUGCCCCAGGAGCUGCAGUGCCAGUUUGUGCUGAAGCCAAGCCAAGUGGCCGUGUGCCAGCAGCUGAACGACUUAAGCCAAAAGUCAUUUAAAAGGAAAAGAUCUAUCAUAAAUUGGGCUUUUUGGCGUGGCCCAGGCUCUCAUUUGGACAAUGCACCCCUCUCCACAACAUCUGCUGCUCCUGGGAAGCUCUUUGGCCUCUUGCUAACAACCAUCUGUGAGGAUGACAACCUGCCCAAACCCCUCUUGGACAUGCUUUCUCUCCUUUACCAAGAAGGCCCUUCCACCAAGGGUAUUUUCAGACGCUCUGGAAGUGCAAAAACCUUCAAAGAGCUCAAGGAGAAGCUUGAUUCAGGCUCUGAGGUAGACUUAGCCUGUGAAUCCAUAUUUGUGACAGCAUCUUUGUUUAAGGAUUUUCUUCGCAACAUCCCAGGCAGCAUUUUGUCAUCCCAGCUGUGUGAUAAGUGGGUCUCUGUGCUGGAUCAAGGAAAUAAUGAAGAGAAGAUAAAAGGCAUCCAAAGGUUAUUAGAGCAGCUCCCCAGAGCUAAUGUUGUUCUCCUACGUUACAUCUUUGGAGUGCUGCAUGGUAUAGAAAUGAGAUCUGAAGAGAACCAGAUGAAUGCAUUUAAUCUGGCUAUCUGCAUUGCACCUAGCCUGCUCUGGCCUCCUGUUUCCUCCACUCCAGAUAUAGAAAGUGAAUUUAUAAAAAAGAUUUCCAGUCUGGUACAGUUCCUCAUUGAGAAUUGCUGCAGGAUUUUUGGAGAUGAAAUUACCUCCCUCUUCGGAGAAAUACUGAUGACAUGUAAUAGGGAGAACAGCUCAGAUGUUGCUUCUCUCCAUCAGAAUGACUCUUCCUAUGACAGCCUGGAAAAUGAGGCAAAUGAUGAAGCUGACUCUUCUUCUAGUGACUGGAUUAAAAUCCGCGAUCAAGAUAACAGGAGCAGAGAGUCUGUCUUCACCCUGAGUGAUGGUGAUUCGGAGCAGACAGAGGUGGAUGAAAUCCAAAGCAAGACCAAAUCAAAGCAGUUGACACUCUCUGUUGGCAUGCACCUGAAGUUUUCAUCACAAGAAAACUCACAGAAUGAGUCUCUGUGCUCCAGUGCACUGCGUUUCUCCUCAGCAGCUACCUCGGGUGCUCUCAAAACUUUGAGGAGACACAGACGCUCCUCCGAGCCUGCAGUUGCCCUCCUCGCCUCCAGUUUUGUCCACACUGAUGAUGGUCAUGAGAAGGCAACACGCAAAGCCAGCUGUGAUGCUGUCCUAUCUCAUGAAGAUGAAGACUAUCUCUGUCAGCUUCGGUCAUUGCAGAUGGAAAGGCAAAAGCUUAGCAAUCAGAGCUUGAUUAUGGGGACUCAUGUUGGUAAAAGUGACAACACAAACCAAAACAUUGAAAGGAAAGACCUAUCCCAUAGUCUCCUGCCUCCGACGCCUGAGGGAUUAAAUAUUUGCUCAGGAUUUAGCUGUUCUAGCCAGUCUUCUUCGGGAACAUCUCCAUCUGUGUCAUCAAUUUGCUCUCUGGACAGUGCUUUCUCGCAGUUUUCAGACCAGACUCUGUUUACCCUAAGUGAAAUCUCCUGCCCUUUCGACAGCACUUUUCAGUUGCUAAAGAAACACGAGGAUGCUGAUGCUGCUGUGGCUGGUGACUAUUUGGUUGCACCCACGAAGGUGCCACCAUCUCCACAACCUACUGACACUGUGGCUGAGAGGGGCUUGGGGGAGCCCAACAGCAGGCCAGCCCCCCUGAAACCUACUGAUGGAGUUGAUGGCUAUUUGAUUAAGCCUAAAAUUCAGCCAUUGCCUCUGAAAGUCACAGGAAGAGACAGUGUUCAUGCAAAGAGGAAGUCUAGAAAAACAUUGCAGCAAUCCAAAGUUUAAAGAGACUGACCAAAUCUUUUUUGCAGAGGAAUAUUAAUGCAUAAAAUAAACACCAUAAAGAAAAUGC